AUGGAAGACCUCUUCUUGGACCGCGAGAACAAGCUUGCGGACGGGGACAUGGCAAAUGACAGCGGGCCCGACCAUUCCGAGUACGACGUCGAUGGCGAUUACGCUCCCACGGAUAAUUCCUCGCCCGCGUCGGGCAGAAGGGGAGCGGAUUGGCCCAAGACCGGCGAUAGCGAGGGGGAUGGAGAUACCGACGAUCAGUCCAUCCUCAGUACCUCGGACGAGGGACUCGCUGUGUUGGAACAGCGCGUGUCCCUGCGCGGCGCUCGAGAGCUCCCAGCCCGGCCAGAUUUGGGGCACGUUUCAACGGAAUCGAAGGCAUAUCCUAAGUCGCUAGCACGGAGACCAGUGGAUCGGAGAAAGUACCGCCGCAAGAUACAUGAAGAGAUGUUGACCCUUCUGACUGAUCGGGGUAUUGAGCGCACCACGGCCGUCAUCACCACCAACAUACCCACCGAGUACGUGAGGCAACUGGCAAACCUCAUGGUUGCUACAACCGACAAGGAGCGGUAUCGUGGACAUGCGAUACAUAUGACGCGCCCGGAUGGCGAAGGGACUGUACCGCACUACUCCUUAUUGGCGGAGGUCGAUAUCCCCUUCGCCUUCAGGGACACCCUGCCUCUUCGCCGCGCCCCCCGGCCCCGUAGGGGCUGCGGACAGGCCUACGAGCAUUUGCCAGAAUCUAGCCGACUCGACGGGGCGUCCCCGAGCGCCAUAUCACUCCCAGGCGUAAAAGACCUGAGGUCAAUACCAAAAACAAAGAAGACAGCAACAUGGUCAGAGAUUCCCGGGGUGUUGUCAGCUGCUGCCGAGAGAUUGCAUCUCCCGCGCACGAAAGCGGAAACCAGGAUAGUGCAGCUUCGAAAAGCGGUCGAGCUGUGUAAGGUCCUGGACGCUCGAGGGGUGCGCUGUACGUCGAGUAGUAUCUCGCAGAAAACUACCCUCGGCUUUCUUCGUGACUCGAUCAUCCGGACAAGACCAAGAGGUUCGGAGCUGGAAGCCGGAUCGUUCGCUGGAUUCGUUGUCCAUGACCCGGCGAAGAACGGGACCAGGUCCAAGGCUGUUCUGCUGGAUUGA